CCGCCCCGUGUCUGCAAGCCCCGCCCUCCGCUGCUUCCCAGCCAACUUGGACUUGAAUGAGGUGCCGCACAAGUCCGUCACGCCGCCAGACGGGUGGAAAGUAGCACAGACCGUCUGGGAAUAACAGCGGGAAGACUGGAGUACAGAGGCAGGAGAGCGGGACGGGGGUGGAGGGACGUCGGCUAAAGGAAAGCCACGGUGAAGCGAGAGCGAGCACCGUCCGUUUUCCACGUCGAUCCGCGGGAUCGUUUCAAUGUUCAGCUUCAUGGGUCUGAUGAACGGAACCACCGACACCCACACCAAUGUCUCCUGUACAUGUGACUGCAAGCGAUCCACUUCAUUCCAGAGUAUGGCGAUCACCCAGUUGGAGUUUGUUCAGAUUCUGGUGAUUGUGGUGGUGAUGAUGAUGAUGGUGGUGGUCAUCACGUGUCUGUUGAAUCACUACAGACUGUCUGCUCGAUCGCUCAUGUCUCGGCACGGACGAGCACGCAGGCAACACCUGCCCCUGCCAUCGGAGGGCAGUUUGUGGUCAUCAGAUGGUCCAGGAUCUUCUAGUGCCAUGACUGAACAGGUGUAUACUCCUCGACCGCCGGACCGCAUGCCGUCUUACAUACAGCGUGAGCGUCUGUCUCGCUUCCAGCCCACGUACCCGUACCUGCCGCACGCCAUCAUCAACCUGCCCCCAACCAUCUCGCUGUCAGACGGAGAGGAGCCACCACCCUAUCAGGGUCCCUGCACGCUUCAGCUGAGAGAUCCGGAGCAACAGCUCGAGCUGAACCGAGAGUCAGUGCGAGCCCCUCCAAACCGCACCGUCUUUGACAGUCCGCUCAUCGACGCAUCACUGUGCUCGCCCAGUGCCAACGCAGGCAUCAGCAUCGGGCGGCUAGAGUGUGCUCCGCCCACGUAUAGUGAAGUUAUAGGGCACUACUACCACCCCACGUCAUUACCACGACACACGCAGACUCAAUCCGGUGCGGUUGUGCCGCCAACGGUGCUGGUACAGGGCGUGCUGCAGCCGACACCUCAGCAACUCACCCGCACAGACAGCAGGAACGCCCGCAACAAAGAGAAACACAAAGCACAGCAGGUCUGACGGCCUUCGGUGUGUUGACGUGUGCUAUGACGGACGAAAACGUGUUAAUAUGUGCACUGGCAUGAACGAUCGCUGGCAUGAGGGCUAGUUAGUGUCUUGGCACAGUAGUAUCCGCAGCCGUGCUUCCUUUAAACUCUUGGGUAAGUGGCGGAAAGCACGCUUGGAGAAAAAUCACGUGCUUGGGCACAACAGUCCCACAAAAGGACUGGCGGUUCUAUCUCUCUUCCUGUUUUUGUUUUGUUUUUCACUCACAAGCUCUCUGAAGAAACACAGAGGUGAUAAACUUUCUUUAAAUAUUUACAUGUUGUGUGUCGUCGCUGCUCUUAGCUCUCUCUAUAUACUGACAAGCUCCCACAAAACUGACCAUGAAGAGUUUGGAAUACUGGAAGUCUGCGGUCUUCCUUUUAGAAGUGACUUUUUGUAUCCCAGGGUUCUGGUUUCGUACCAUUUUUGGUUGGUGUGCCGGUUGUCCACUCAGUGAUUCUGACUCACGUCUUCGCUCAGUUGUUUAUCAUUUACCACAGUAGUCAGUCGCGAAGUUUCAAAGUGGUUUGUGUAAAAGGUGCCAAUGUGUUUUUACAUCCAGCGUUGUGCAACACUUGCAUUGUUUUGCUUGAUCGGUUUGCACUAUGUUGAACACAUUAGACUUUGAGACAAAAAUUAAUUGAUUAUGUAUUGGCAGAAAAGGCUACACAACAAAGAGUUGAUUCAUUUGUGUAUGAUGUAAGAGAGAGUAGUUGCUCAUUUGUAGGGGUGCCAACUUGACAUGCAUUUCAGAUUGUGCGUGUACCGUACGCAGGUAUAUGCAUUAAUGUAUGCGUGUGUGUGUGUGUGUGUGUAUAUAUACAUACAUGUAUAUGGAACGCUAAAAAAACAAACGUAAAAAGCACGAUUUUAGAGUUAUUUAUAUUAAUGUCUAAAAUUGCACUAUUUUUUAUAUAACAAUAUGACAAGCGGAGGCUUGUGAACAGUCCACACAUAGCAUGAGUGUUGGAAAGUGAUUCUUGAAUGGACUGAACUUCGUGUGAAUGAGUUCAGCACUUGUUAGCCCUUAACUCCACAGCUGACCUAUCAGAUGCCUUUGCUUCACAGCUCGACUGAACGAAUCGAAAAUCAACGGAGAGUUCUAGAGAUUGUGUAGUCGUCUCAAGCCUUAGAACUAGUUAAACUAGAGUAGUUUAAGAGCCCUUGAAUUCCUCAUGUGUAUUUGCCUUAAUUUCUAUUAUAGAUUCUAGAAAUCUGUGUAAUCUAAAUUCACAAUCAUUGAUGUUUAGGACUCAGGAUUUCUUCUGUUGUGCUGUGGCGCACCGGCUCACUUCCUGUCCAGCUGUGCGGCGUCUCUUUAUAGCACUUUACAGACUGAAGGAGGGAAAACAAUCUACACCUGCAGCCGCUCGUUUCCUUGAGAGGAAAACAAAACUAACGGAAAUGAAUAUGCAACUGCUCCCUCAUCGGUCGAGCUCGCAGAACUACAAGUCACGGGGUGUUCGGACAGCCGAGUCGCUGAAUCAAUUAAUCACAAAUUGAACACAAUCUCAUUCAGUAGUGACUCACGGUCGGCUCUCAGUGAACGUCUGUGACUCAUUUAAAUCUGCCGUGUUCUGAUCGCUGAGGGAAUAUCGGGUUCGAUUUUUCUGUGUUGGUUUUUACUCUUGGGAAACGGCGCUGACAGGAAUUCUGGAGAGAGAAACACAAUGAGGCUUUACAGUUACCAAACCCUUCAGUAUUAAGCCACAUCCACACUAAUGCAUUUUUCACUACGUUUACGCCUCUCAUCCACAAAAGAACGGCGUUUUCCUUCAGCAGAGCAUUUCGAAAAUGAUCUAAGUUACACACACCAUUGGAAAACAAUGACGUUGGGAAACUGAAAUUGGAAUAUUCAAAAGGAAACAGAUUAGUGUGGACGUGGCCUUAGAAUAACAGAUGUACUCCAAAGUGUAUUUUUAAUAGAUUUUUGGAUUGAUUCAUGUUGCAUUUUAAUGAUAUGUACAGGAUUAUUACUGAACACUAAGACAAAUGGAUAGUACAUCAAAAAUGAAAAUUCUGUCAUUAUUUACUCACUCUCAUGUCGUUCCAAAAUGACCAGUACACCCUUUAAAAUUUCUCCUCCUGUGUUCCACAGACGAGAGAAAGUCAUGUGUGUUUGGAACAACAUGAGUGUAAAUGAUUACAGAUUUAUACAAAGGGUUAACUAGUUAGCUGUGCCCAUUGGUUAACUAACUCUCUCCUGUCGGGCAUGAGGUCUUUCCUUUACAGAGAUGCCCCAAUUUGUACCCGCUGAAGUGCCAGUGUUGCCUGAUCCCUCAUUUACAUGACCUGGCACCAGUCAGCCAAUCAGGUGGUCGUUGACAGGAAGUGAUAUUGUAUGGAUGAUGAGGAUAAUAAGUUAGUUUAGUGGAGAGAGUUGCAAUAUACCGACUAUUUGCCUUUUGAUAAUGUAGUUGUUUAGCUAAGAUGAAAAAUGUACUAGUUGUUGUUAUUUGUUCUUGUUGCUUUUUCUCUUAAAGGUCAAAUAAUUUUAUUUCUUUAAACAAAUGCCAGAUUUAUUAUGAUUUAUGCAUCCAGAUAAUGUUUAAUAAGCCCCUUUGCUUUAGUUUCCUUCAGACUGCUCAUUAGUUAGUUAAAGUGAGUGUUAACCUGAGAACCCGUAAUCAUCGAGAUGUCACUCUCGUGUGACGUGUGCCUUUGAGUAGCCAGUAAAAACUCAUGUGUGCUGUUUUUAGUGCGAUUACUCUCCAUUCUGUUGCCUUCUCAUGUCAGACUCUCCCUAAAAACAUUGGAAUCUGUUCUUGAAAAGACGUGUUGAUUGCAGUUUUGAUUUUGUCACGUUUUAAGCACAAUAUGUAACCAAACAUUGGGGCUGUUUAAAAAGAUCUUGCGAUCACAUCAUCUUAAUGUUGCUUUAAGUUUGUGUUUCACAGAUCGGAUGAACAAUGAGUCACUGAACCAGACGCUUUUAAAAGCUCCACUUGAAACACAAGUUUCUGGAUGACUAAUUCAGACAUUUCCUGGGUUCUUAAUCAGAUAACUGAAGGCUUUCCAUGUAAAAGAGGCAUUUCCAAAGAAGGACUUUUCUCGACAACCCUUUUACACGGUUGAAAGGGGUCAAAUGACUUGAUCAUAGCUCUUAUAUUAUCUCUUAUGCUUGCAUAUUGUUUUGAGGAUUCAGUUGAACAUUUGAACAUUUCUCUGUGGUUGCAAUAUGAACAUAUUUAUAUUCAGAACUGAACAGUACUUUAGAGGUUUGUGAAGCAUCUGCAGUGAUCUCUUUUUCCCUGGAUAAUUAGAGUUUCUGUCCAUCUCUUGAGAUAUUUGCAUGUUUCCAGCUGAAAUGCAUUGCAGUAAAUGCGUAUAAUAAAUGCCUGUUAGUGUCAACAAUGACCGCUUACAUGUAACUGUUUUGUUUACUUUUAUUUAUAUCAGAUCCUGAAAAGUGUUACUGGAUUUUUAUCUUUGUUGCUGUGUGAGCAGGGGACAGUGUCUAUAACACCAUGUUACACAAUCUGAUACAUUUCAAUUAACUGCCAAUUAAACAUUUUACAAAAGAAUA